AUGCAACAUGAAACUCGUAAAGUACUGGAUGAUUUUAUUUCUAAAUAUAAAAUAGAAAAACAAGAAAAGUCAUCAUCUGCAUCUAAUUCUCUUGUUAUUAGUCAAGGUAAAUCAAAAGAGGCUUUGGAUUCACUUCAUAUUUCUCAACGUAGUAUUAAAGUCGGAAAUAUUUCUCAAGAUUUAUCUAUUCAACAAUUGGAGAAUUUAUUUACUGAUAAUCGAAUUGAAGGAAUUGAAAGUAUUCAUAUUCCAAUGGAUAAUCUGGGUUUUCAAUUUGGUUUUUUAUUCAUUACAUUUAAUUCAAGUCAAUAUUUUGAAGAUUUUUGUUCAAAAAUUGAUGAUAAUAGUACAGUACCAAGUGGUGGAUCAAAUUCUGGCGCUUCUGCUGAUUUUAAUGUUGUUGGUGGUUUAUCUGGAGAUGAAGAAAGUUUACCUGUUAUCGGAGAAAUAUAG